AUGGCUCCAUCACCAACACAACAUUGUGCUCCCUCUGUCCUCAAGACCCUAACAGUCUGUCUCAUUCUCCAGUUGGUAUCCUCUUUCAGCGGCAGCAGUAUGAGUCAGGAACGUCCAUUGGAAGAGCAGUCGGAUCGACUGAGCCGAUGGCACAAUCGUUGGGACGAAAAGAGAAUCGGUUGGCACCGAGAAGAAGUCAAUCCUGGACUGAUCAAGUAUGGCACGGUGGACAAGGACUCUUGUCCAGCAGAGGGACUUCGUUGGUUUGUACCACUCUGUGGCAAGACGGUGGAUAUGGCCUAUUUGGCAAGCCAAGAGACCACGGCAGAAGUGGUGGGUGUCGAUGGCGUUUUAAAGGCGCUGGAAUCAUUUGUGGAGGAUCAUCCUGAACUGAAGAUUGAGCAACAACCCCCAACCGGAAAGUUCGAGAAACUGACGGGAACGAAAAUUACCCUAUUGAAGGGUGACUUUUUUGCUCUCGAUGUUGAGGCUACAGGGGGGCAGUUUGACACCGUUUUUGAUCGGGCUUCCAUGGUUGCCAUUGAUCCGUCAUUGCGCGAGGAUUAUGUCAACGUUAUUGGAAAGCUGCUCAAGCCUGGUGGCAAGAUUAUACUCGGCACUCUGGAACGACGAACGGGUGAAGAAGAAGCAGUAAAAAAGGGACCACCGUUUUCCAUUUCCGAGGCAGAAGUGCGUCGUCUCUAUGAAAAACUGGAUUGGGUCGAGUCUAUCACUCUUGUGGAAGAGAUUGAUGAGUUUGCAAGAACACCGGAAGACAAGAUUCGUUACGAAGGUGUCACCAGCUUGUACGAGCUUUACUUCCUUAUCCAGGCCAAGGCAUAG